GCGAUGUCGAACAAAAUCAUGCUAUGCAGCGUUUUAGCUCUCACGCUUGGCUGCCUUGCUUUAGCCUAUGAACCUAGUCCCCUCCAAGAUUUUUGUGUAGCUGAUCCCAACAGCUCAGUGAAAGUUAAUGGUGUAGCAUGCAAGAACCCAAUGCAAGUUCAAGCAGAGGAUUUCUUCUUCAGUGGGCUACACCUCAUGGGUAACACGUCAAACGCUGUGGGAUCAAGGGUGACCCCAGUCUUUGCGACUCAGCUACCAGGGCUAAACACUUUGGGAAUCUCAAUGGUUCGAAUUGACUACGCACCAUGGGGACUCAAUCCUCCUCACACUCACCCAAGAGCCACUGAGAUCAUAACUGUUCUUGAAGGGACCCUAGAAGUUGGAUUUGUGACAUCUAACCCUGAUAACCGUUUUAUCACCAAGGUUCUGAAAAAGGGUGACGUUUUCGUGUUCCCAGUGGGACUUGUUCAUUUCCAACGCAAUAUUGGUAACGGAUAUGCAGUGGCUCUUGCUGCAUUGAGCAGUCAGAACCCAGGUGCCAUAACAAUUGCAAAUGCUGUUUUUGGUGCAAAUCCUCCAAUUCCAUCGGAUAUUCUAGCCAGGGCAUUCCAAGUGGAUAAAAGCAUGGUGGAGAUACUGCAAACAAAGUUCUAA